CUUCCUAAUUUCUUCUUAUUCCCAAAAAAACAGAUACAGAAGGAAGAAAUUAAAGAGGGGAGGAAAAAAAUUCAUCAAGACUUGUCUUUUGGUGUUUUUUCAUAUAAUUUAAGGGGAAAGAAAAGAUGGGUAGAGGGAAAAUUGACAUAAAAUUGAUUGAGAAUGUAAAUAAUAGACAAGUAACAUUCUCUAAGAGGCGUGCUGGCUUGUUGAAGAAAGCCGGGGAGCUUUCUGUUCUUUGUGAUUCUGAAGUUGCUGUUAUUAUUUUCUCAAGUACUGGAAAGCUUUUUGAGUUUUCAAGUACUAGCAUGAAACAGACGCUUUCGAGAUACAACAGAUGUGUAGCCUCAACAGACAAUUCUGCCGUAGAAAAGAAGUCAGAGGACAACGAGCAGCCACAGUUGCAGCAGCAGACACAUGUGCUGAAGCAGGAACAGAGAGAGGUGGACAGUCUUAAAGACGAACUCGCAAAGCUCAAGACAAAACAACUGCGGUUGUUAGGCAAGGACCUUAAUGGUAUGGGUUUGAAUGAACUACGGCUUCUUGAACAUCAACUAAAUGAAGGACUAUUAGCCAUAAAGGAGAGAAAGGAGGAAUUGCUGAUACAGCAACUAGAUUAUUCUAGGAAACAGGAGGAGAGGUCUGCGCUGGAGUGUGAGACCUUACGUAGACAGGGCGGUUCCUUUCUGACACAAUUGCUUUUGCCAUCUCAUGAGCUACAGGUAGAAGAGCUCCGAGGGUUAUUUCCUUUAAGUGCUAGUUUACCGCCACCUUUUCUUGAAUAUGAUCGUCCAUUGGAAAAGAAGUAUUCAAUUUUAAAAGAGAGUAAGGAGAGUCUGGAUUCGGACACUGCAUGUGAAGAUGGAGUAGAUGAUGAAGAUUCCAACACAACUUUGCAACUGGGGCUUCCAACUAUUUGUCGAAAGAGAAAGAGAACUGAGCAGGAAUCUCCUUCAAGCAAUUCAGAGAAUCAAGUUGGCUCAAAGUGACCAUUGUCUUUCGGGACUCGUCCCCUCUUUUGUAACUUGUUAGGCACAUGUCAGGUCAAAUGAUAUUGAACCAGUUUUCAUGUUUGAAACAGGUUCAUCUAGACCAGUGAUUUUGUCAGGGACUUAAUGAUCCCUUAGAUGGCUUAAGUAAGAUGAACAUGCUGGUUUAAUUUUGAUUUUGGACAAUAUCUUUGGACAGUGUAUUUUAAGAUGGAGAAUAGAUGAGUUCAGCUCUCCAUUUUUACUGAUUAUGGUGCCUAGAGCCAUUCACACCUC